UAUGCUCGAUCUAUGUAUGCAAGGAUUAAAUACUUCUGAUAUAUAUUUACAUUUCCAUUGAGAGAGAUUUUUGAUGAUCGAAUUUUGCAUCUAUUGGGCAUUUCCCUCGUCAAUCUCUGCUAACCUUUGCUCUUUUAUAAUUUUUUCAGGGUUUACAGUGAAAGAAAAGCAUAAAGAUACGGGCUUUCCGGAUCGUUGAAUCAGUGUUCUCAUCAACUGAUGUUUUUGGGCUGUGAUGGCAAUCAAAUUCAAUUCAGGAGACAGUAGGACUAGGAGUUCUGUUUCAAUUUUUAUUGUAGCUGGUUUAUGCUGUUUCUUCUAUUUACUGGGAGCAUGGCAGAGAAGUGGUUUUGGGAAAGGAGACAGUAUAGCAUUGGAGAUGACCAAGAGUGGAGAAAACUGCAAUAUUCUCCCGAAUCUCAAUUUUGAGACCCAUCAUGGUGGUGAAGCCGGAACCAUUGACGAUUCUGAUUCAGAAGUGAAAGUUUAUAAGCCAUGCACUUCUCGCUACACGGAUUACACUCCUUGCCAAGAUCAAAGGCGUGCUAUGACCUUUCCAAGGGACAAUAUGAUAUACCGUGAGAGACAUUGCCCUCCUCAAGAAAAGAAGUUGUAUUGCCUUAUUCCAGCACCUAAAGGUUAUGUUACCCCAUUUCCAUGGCCUAAAAGUCGUGAUUAUGUUCCCUAUGCCAAUGCACCUUAUAAGAGCUUGACAGUCGAGAAGGCUAUUCAGAACUGGAUUCAGUAUGAGGGCAAUGUGUUCAGGUUCCCUGGUGGAGGAACACAAUUUCCUCAAGGAGCUGAUAAAUACAUUGACCAGCUUGCUUCAGUAAUACCAAUUGAAAAUGGAAUAGUACGAACUGCAUUGGACACUGGUUGCGGGGUUGCAAGUUGGGGUGCAUAUCUUUGGAAGAGGAAUGUUAUAGCAAUGUCGUUUGCACCAAGAGAUUCCCAUGAAGCCCAGGUUCAAUUUGCUCUUGAAAGGGGAGUACCUGCUGUUAUUGGUGUUCUUGGAACAGUAAAGAUGCCAUACCCAUCUAGAGCUUUUGAUAUGGCGCACUGUUCACGGUGUCUAAUUCCUUGGGGAGCUAAUGAUGGUAUAUACAUGAAGGAAGUUGAUAGGGUUCUUAGACCUGGGGGCUACUGGGUGCUUUCAGGCCCUCCCAUCAAUUGGAAGACUAACUACAGAGCAUGGCAACGUCCUGAGGAGGAACUUCAGGAAGAGCAAAGGAAGAUCGAAGAGAUUGCUAAACUUCUCUGCUGGGAGAAGAAGUCUGAGAAGGGUGAAAUUGCAAUAUGGCAGAAGAGAAUGAAUGCUGAUUCAUGUCGUUCCUCACAAGAAAAUUCUGGAGCUACAUUUUGUAAAGCUGAAGACCCUGAUGAUGUCUGGUACAAGAAAAUGGAGCCGUGUAUUACUCCAUAUAUCAACGCCAACAGAGAUGAAGAUUCCAGUGUGGAUGUCAAGCCAUUCCCUGAGAGGUUAUAUGCUGUCCCCCCUAGAAUUGCUAGUGGGUCUGUUUCUGGGAUCUCUGUUAAGGAAUAUCUGGAGGACAACAAGAAAUGGAAAAAGCAUGUGAGUGCAUAUAAAAAUAUCAACAAAAUCAUUGACACAGGAAGGUACCGCAACAUUAUGGAUAUGAAUGCUGGAUUGGGAGGAUUUGCUGCUGCUCUGCAAUCUCCCAAAUUUUGGGUUAUGAACGUUAUGCCCACUAUUGCCGAGAAGAAUACCUUGGGUGUGAUAUAUGAAAGGGGACUUAUUGGUAUUUAUCAUGACUGGUGUGAAGCCUUCUCUACGUAUCCAAGGACGUACGACCUCAUCCAUGCUAAUGGUGUUUUUAGCUUAUACAAAAAUAAGUGUGACUUUGAAGACAUUCUUCUAGAGAUGGACCGGAUACUACGGCCAGAAGGUGCAAUUAUCUUCCGAGAUGAAGUGGAUGUGCUCGUCAAGGUGAAAAAGAUAAUAGGAGGUAUGAGAUAUGACUCGAAGUUGGUAGAUCACGAGGACGGUCCUCUUGUCCCCGAGAAAAUACUGGUUGCUGUUAAACAAUAUUGGGUGGGCAACUCCACUUCAGUGUAGUGAAAAGCCAGUGCAAUAUCAAAGCAGGACUAGCAGUCGACUGGAUUCCGAGGAGCUAUUCUUUAUCCCUUGUACAACUCCAUAAUUACAAGGUUCAUUAAGCCGCAAGAAAAUUUUUGCAAGUGGAUGUGGCUUGAUUGGCUCCAACUGAUCAAACUGUACCUGUAACAUUAACAUUUAUUCAUCAUUUUGAGCUUCUUUUACAGUGAUGUCCCUAGUCUUGCUAGAACUAUAGAAUUAUUUUAAAAACUCUAGGAACAAAGUACUAGAUAUUUCCAUUUCCAUUUCCAUUUCCAUUUCCAUUUGGUAAUUUGUUGAAACUAUUUACAAAUCUGGGAGCAAUGGCUGUUCAGUGUGGACAAUUAUCAAAAUCAACUAUAUUUCACUAA